ACUCCCAUGUACUUUUUCCUCAGGCAAUUGGCCUUCAUGGACAUGGGUCCAAGCCUAAUUGUUAUCCCCAAAAUGUCAAUGGAUUUUCUGAUCCUGGGCAACACUAUUUCUCUGGCACUUUGUGGGACUCAGAUUUUCCUGCUGCUAAUGAUGGGUGGAGCAGAGGGUCUCCUUCUGGCUGUCAUGUCUUAUGACAGAUAUGUUGCAAUUUGCAAUCCUUUUCAAUACCCCAUUCUCAUGAACAGGAAAAUGUGCAUGAGCCUGGCAGCUGCUGUCUGGGUUUGUGCAACAGCGAACGCCUCAAUCCAUACAGCUUAUACUAUGCAUCUGCCCUACUGUGGUUCAAAAGACAUUGAUCACUUCUUCUGUGAGGUCCCCGCCCUGCUGAAACUGUCCUGCUCUGACACCUCCAUAUACGAGACCCUGGUGUUCAUGAGUAGCAUUGUCCUGCUCCUCAUCCCUUUUUCCAUCAUACUAGCCUCUUACACUUGUAUCCUCUCUACAGUCCUGAGGAUGAAGUCAGCCAGAGGACAGCAGAAAGCCCUGGCCACUUGUUCCUCACAUCUGACUAUGGUGGGGCUGUACUAUGGGGCAACUAUCUUCAUGUACAUCAGACCCAACACUUGCCACUCUCCAGAGCAAGACAAGAUGGUUGCUGUGUUUUACACUGUUGUCACCCCAGUUCUGAAUCCCGUCAUAUACAGCCUGAGAAACAGGGAUGUCCUACGAGCCUUACUAAAGCUGGCUGGAAAAUGCAGAGUCCUCCACCACAACUGA